AUGGCACUGCAGCAGCUAGCAGCACGCUACCCGGUGCGUGGCACGGCGCCGGCGCCUGGCAGCGAGCCAGAGUCCACACGUGAGCGCAUCCAGCGGCUGCAGCAGCUGAUGUCGGCAGGCAACGCGGCGUCGGCAGACGGCGAGUACGCAGCUGCACUGGCAACCUUCGACUCCGUCGUCCGCAUGUUCCCAGACUUUGCCACCACCGAGUAUGCGCGGCUGUCGCGGGCGCUGAUGCUGUACCAGGUCGGGUCCUCGGAUGCCAUCCGGGUUUCGGAUGCCAUCCUGCAGCUGGAGGACCUGGAGGUGGCGCUGCGGGGCUACGCCGAGUGGGAGAUUGCCAUGGAGUUCAACAAGUCCUUCUCCGACCGCGACUGGGUGUACCGCACCAAGCACUGGCCGCCCCGCCUCAUGGCGGCGCUCGACCGCUUCCUCACCCUGACGUAG